UCGGAGUUGCUUGCCUGCUGGAGAAGCGCUUCCUGCGCGAAGGAUGUUUUAGGCUCCGACUUCCCCAGGUCAGCAUCCUGAGUUAAGCUCAACCCUUGCGCCCCCUCCCGACGCUCCGUUCGUCUCUGAGCCCGAAGCGGCAAAUUCUCUGGCUACUCUGGAUUGUGUGUCUUCGGUAAAGAAAACCCUAAGACGACUGAUCAGUUCUUGAUUCUAAAACUAUGGCCCAUGGUCCGGUGACGUUCUCAGAUGUGGCCAUAGACUUCUCUCAGGAAGAGUGGGCUUGUCUGGACUCUACACAGCGGGACCUGUACUGGGAUGUAAUGUUGGAGAACUACAGUAACUUGGUGUCACUGAAUUUGGAGUCACCAUAUGAGACCAAGAAUUUACUUACAGAAAAGGGCAUUAAUGAAAUAAAUUUUUCCAAAUGGAACCCAGAUGGAAAAAGUAAAUCCCUUGGCCUCUACUGGCUGUGUGAAGGUGAGUUGGUUGGAGCACAGGGCCCUCAAGAGGGCUGUUUCAGUCAGGUGAUAACCAACUAUAGGAAAACACCCACUGAUAGAGAAAAUACCUCUGUUAGACCACAGCAGAGACUUCAUAAUAGGGAGAAUUCCUAUGAAUGUAAGGAAUGUGGGAAGGCCUUUAGUCGUGGCUAUCAGCUUACUCAACAUCAGAAAAUUCACACUGGUGAGAAACCCUAUGAGUGUAAAGAAUGUAAAAAAGCCUUUCGUUGGGGUAACCAACUUACUCAACAUCAGAAAAUUCACACUGGCGAGAAACCCUAUGAAUGUAAGGACUGCGGAAAGGCCUUUCGAUGGGGAUCGAGCCUCGUCAUUCAUAGGAGAAUUCAUACAGGUGAGAAACCCUACGAGUGUAAAGACUGUGGGAAGGCUUUUAGACGUGGUGAUGAGCUCACUCAACAUCAGAGGUUUCACACUGGUGAAAAAGACUAUGAGUGCAAAGACUGUGGGAAGACCUUUAGCCGUGUAUAUAAACUAAUCCAACACAAGAGAAUUCAUAGUGGUGAUAAGCCCUAUGAAUGUAAAGACUGCGGGAAGGCCUUUAUCUGUGGUUCGAGCCUCGUUCAACAUAAAAGAAUUCAUACUGGUGAGAAGCCCUAUGAAUGUCAAGAAUGUGGGAAGGCCUUUACUCGUGUCAAUUACCUUACUCAACAUCAGAAAAUCCAUACUGGUGAGAAACCUCAUGAAUGUAAGGAGUGUGGGAAGGCCUUUCGUUGGGGUUCAAGCCUUGUUAAACACGAAAGAAUUCAUACAGGUGAGAAGCCAUAUAAAUGCACAGAAUGUGGGAAGGCCUUUAAUUGUGGCUAUCACCUUACUCAACAUGAGAGAAUUCACACUGGUGAAACGCCUUAUAAAUGUAAGGAAUGUGGAAAGGCCUUUAUUUAUGGAUCAAGCCUUGUUAAACAUGAGAGGAUUCAUACAGGGGAGAAACCCUAUGAGUGUAAAGAAUGUGGGAAGGCCUUUAGUCAUGGCCAUCAACUUACACAGCAUCAGAAAAUUCAUACCAGUGAGAAACCUCAUGAGUGUAAGGAAUGUGGAAAAGCAUGUAACCAUGUAAACCAUAUUAGGGAACAUCAGAGAAUUCACACUGUAGAAAAACCUUUUGAAUACAAAGAAUGUUCAGAGGUGUCUAUACAGCAUUCAUUUCUUCUGCGACAUGAGGAAAAUUCAUGAUAUAAUUUAAUAUACAAAGUCUUCACUGGUCACUUUUCUUAUAGAACUUCAGAAUAGUCAUGCAAAUUUGGAGGCAAAUUAGAAGAUUGGAGAACUUACUUUUUCUUAAUGAUUAUAACAUACUCAGUGUAGACGAUUUUUUUACUAGAUGGGUUCGUUUAAUGGAUGCAUAGAAGCUUUCCAGUACCUUUCAAUCUCUUACAUUUUGGAUUCAUUCUAGGGAAUAACUCUGCUAAUGUAACGUGUGCAAAAUCCUUUCGUCAUGGUACAUACCCGACUGGUUAUGUAGGGUAUGACCAUCAUUAUCAUCCCACCUCUUUACUCCCUGUGAGAUGCUGGGCAAGUUAGCUAUACUCCUGUGUAGUAUUUGUGAAAUGGGGAUAAGCACACCUACCUAAUACAGCUAUUGUGGUGAUUCAAUGAGUUUGGUACAUGUAAACCCUUGAAAGUGUAUCUGGAAUAUUGUAUAAGCUCAAUAAAUAGUGUGUAAGCUGUUGUGCUUAUUUUCAUUCCGUUA